UCACGGGAAGAAGUCUAGUGCAAAGGGUUAUGGGAAGGAGUGUUACUAGAUGAAAAGGUCGCGGGAAGUAGUGUUACUGGUGCAAAGGGUCACGGGAAGGAGUAUCCUGGUGCAAAGAGGGUCACUGGAAGGAGUAUUCUGGUGCAAAGGGUCACGGGAAGGAGUCUAGUGCAAAGGGUUAUGGGAAGGAGUGUUACUAGAUGAGAGGGUCACUGGAAGGAGUGUUACUGGUGCAAAGGGUCACGGGAAGGAGUAUUCUGGUGCAAAGGGUCACGGGAAGGAGUGUUACUGGUGCAAAGGGUCACGGGAAGGAGUGUUACUUGUGCAAAGGGUUAUGGGAAGGAGUGUUACUGGUGCAAAGGGUCACGGGAAGGAGUAUCCUGGUACAAAGGGUUACGGGAAGGAGUGUUACUUGCGCAAAGGGUCACGGGAAGGAGUAUUCUGGUGCAAAGGAUCAUGGGAAGAAAUUACUUCAGCGCAAAGACCCAAUGGCUUAUUCCAAUCUUUUGUUAUUGCUCACAACGGUCUAUUUGCAAGAAAACUAUACUUUAUUGACGAUAUCUGAUCGAAAAUAUCUCACCUACUUCCUUGGAUAAGCCUAUGGAAAUGGAUGCUUGUGAGCGCGAAGCAACUAUGUUCUGCGAUAGACAUCCUUUAAAAGGCCUUUCCGUAAUUUUGUAUAAAAAAGUUUAAAAAAAACUCUGAUCUGUUUAAGUUUUGCUUUAGCGGUCGAGACCCAUUAACUGUAAAAAGGCCUAUUGUACAGGAGCGUACAGCGGGGGGCGAGAGUUGCGCGGGGAUUGAGUACUAGUUGUGUCACCCGCACUUGGGAUUAUUUGGUGUUGUCGUCUGGUCACGUGAACGGGCUGAUCUGUUCGAUCCUGAUAGUUUACAUCUUAUGUCAAAUCCUCCCGCUUUCUAAUGCCGUGUUUAUAUGUAAAUCCUCCCGUUUUCUAAUGCCGUGUUUACAUGUAAAUCCUCCCCUCUUAUGCCGUGUUUACAUGUAAAUCCUCCCCUCUUAUGCCGUGUUUACAUGUAAAUCCUCCCGUUUUCUAAUGCCGUGUUUACAUGUAAAUCCUCCCGUUUUCUAAUGCCGUGUUUAUAUGUAAAUCCUCCCGUUUUCUAAUGCCGUGUUUACAUGUAAAUCCUCCCUUUUUCUAAUGCCGUGUUUAUAUGUAAAUCCUCCCCUCUUAUGCCGUGUUUAUAUGUAAAUCCUCCCCUCUUAUGCCGUGUUUAUAUGUAAAUCCUCAUUGUUUUCUAAUGCCGUGUUUACAUGUAAAUCCUCCCGUUUUCUAAUGCCGUGUUUACAUGUAAAUCCUCCCCUCUUAUGCCGUGUUUAUAUGUAAAUCCUCCCCUCUUAUGCCGUGUUUAUAUGUAAAUCCUCAUUGUUUUCUAAUGCCGUGUUACAUGUAAAUCCUCCCGUUUUCUAAUGUCGUGUUUAUAUGUAAACCCUCCCUUCUUAUGCCGUGUUUAUAUGUAAAUCCUCCCCUCUUAUGCCGUGUUUAUAUGUAAAUCCUCAUUGUUUUCUAAUGCCGUGUUUACAUGUAAAUCCUCCCCUCUUAUGCCGUGUUUAUAUGUAAAUCCUCCCCUCUUAUGCCGUGUUUAUAUGUAAAUCCUCAUUGUUUUCUAAUGCCGUGUUACAUGUAAAUCCUCCCGUUUUCUAAUGUCGUGUUUAUAUGUAAACCCUCCCUUCUUAUGCCGUGUUUAUAUGUAAAUCCUCCCUUCUUAUGCCGUGUUUGUUUUCUAAUGCCGUGUUUAUAUGUGAACUCUCCCGUUUUCUAAUGCCGUGUUUAUAUGUGAAUCCUCCCCCCUUAUGCCGUGUUUAUGUGCAAACCCUUCUAUCUAAAGCCGUGUUUAUAUGUAAGUCAUUCCUAUCUAAAGCCGAAGUUAUACAUAUUUAUAUGUAAAUGAUCCCUUCUAUUUAAAGCCUUGCUUAUAUGUAAAUCCUCCCUUCUAUCUUAUGCCGUGUCUAUAUAUAAAUCCUCCCUUCUAUCUUAUAACGUGUUUAUAUGUAAAUCCUCGCUUAUAUAAAAUAAUUUGUUUUUAAUGCGGUAAAAUAACUGAACUGGGCUUAUUGACUAUAUUCUGUGUUGUGGUUAGCCUGAAUUGGAAAUGCAACUGUUGCAUUCGUGAACAUCUGCAGUGAAAAUCUGCAUACUGUUUUAUGCUUUAUAAACUAACGCAUACGCGCUUGGUCUUACCAUGUGUUCUUACUUUGUAAAGCUUGUAAGCUUGUGUAGGGAGAAUUCCUUCAUCAAAGUAUGGAACUGUGUUUACUGGUUCAAAAAGGGACAGAUGUCCCAGUUGUUCUUUUAAGAACAUUUAAAAAAAUGUUCCUGGAAUGCAUUUCAUAUAUAGAUUAUCGUCCAGUUUUAUUUAGAAUGAUUCUAGAAUAUAGAAGUAAAAGCUUUUUAAAACGUCGAUCGUAUAUGAAAGUAUUUAUACAGCGGUCAUCUUUUUCCCAAGAAAGUAAACCGCAUCUUCAUAUGUCAAUAUCCUUUACACUGUUCAAGUAUACUGAUCGCUUAAACUAUUUCUGCUACUUUUAAAGAACUGUUUGUCUAUCAUUCCACCUUCUCCUCCCCCAAUACCCCAUAAUAACAAUCUGUGCUUGUACAAUUAUGUACCCCAUAACACCAAUCUAUACUUGUACAAUUAUGUUUUUUUUUCCUACGCGGCUUCUUGUGUGCGUAUCCAGCAAUUCACUCCAACACUUGAAUAUCAAUUUCGAUGUCAACACGUAUUUCUCACAUAAAGAAACCUUGCUUUGCAUCUUAACAAUGUUAUAUACAUCAAAUAUCAAUUGAUUACGAGCAACAAAUACUAAUAACACAAAUACUUACUAAUACUUAUAUGGCACCUCUAGAACUGCCCCAAAUCACCACACAACAAUAAAUCGAUGCUUUUCUCCUUUUUUUUUUCAAAGAAAAAAAAUUUAAGACUCUAGAUUUUCGUUAUGAGAAUAUCUGGCUCAAAAAAAAUGUGCAAUUGUAUAAACAUAUUGAGAUGAGCGUCAUGCAUAUUUAGGCGAUACAGAUUUGUGUUCUGUGUUUAGUAAUUCAAGGUAUGAUUGCCUGAGAAUACACAAGUUCGAGCUAUGAAACAGUCACUGCACUAAUUCUUUUAGUUUCAAGCUUAUUCGCAGUCUAUUUUGUUUACUUAGCGCCUUAUAAGAGCACAGCCUAGCAGCGCUCGUUAUAUCUCAUCUAUUACUAAUUAAUCACCGGACCGCUGUACUGUCUAGUGCCGGACCGCAGCAUAUCAGGGUGCCUCUGCAGCUUACGACUCGAUAUUUCAUCAGGAGAGGUGCAUCCUUCUGCCGGCUCUAACUUGGUAUCACCACGUGCGUGUUCCUCGACCCUUACUGUAUCUCGGGGCUUUUUCCACGCGAUCCUUCGGCGUAUCAGCUGCUGCGACGUGCCGUGACGCGCGCUAUAGAGGAGGGCUCCUUCAGCGCGUUUUUGUCGAGCGGGUCCGUGUACUCUCUGUGGCUGACUUCUGUUAGGAUGUUGAAAGCUGUCGGUUGCCUGUAUCUGCUUUUGUUCUUACCACCUUGGAAGGGUGCAGAAGGAAUUGCACACUUCAACCAUUUGGAGAGUUUAAAAGGAGACCUGUUAGCCAACUAUAGUCGUAACAUCAUUCCUCAGAAGUACAAAGAUAUCCCAAUAAAGAUAAAAUUCGACAUUGCCCUGAAUCAGAUAAUAGAUUUGGACGAGCGACUUCAAACCAUAACCACGAUUGUCUGGGUCAGACUGUACUGGACUGACUUUAGAUUGCGCUGGAAUCACACCAAGUACGGGGGAAUCAAGUCAUUUGUUACACCAUCUCGGCAGCUGUGGCUACCAGAUAUCACAUUAUAUAACAACGCUAAUGAUAACUAUGAGAAGGAGAAAGAGGAAUAUUAUGGACUGACUGUCAACUCGGACGGCUCAAUAGGCUGGUAUUAUCCAACCAUUUUUAAGAGCUCGUGUACCAUAGACGUGACAUACUUCCCAUUCGACGAUCAGAAAUGCAUCCUAAAGUUCGGCUCCUGGUCGUACCACGGGCUCAGCCUGGAUAUCUUCCACAGCGGUCCAGGGGACAUCAAGUCCUUCACAGACAACGGGGAAUGGGUAUUAGUCGAUAUGCCCGCCACUAAACACGUGACCAAGUAUCGUUGCUGCCCUGAGCCGUACCCAUACCUCACCUAUGACAUCAUCAUCCGCCGGCGAACAAUGUACUACAUCCUGAACUUCCUGACUCCCUGUGUACUAAUGUCAGCUUUGACUGUGCUCGGAUUCUUCUUACCCGUCGAGUCAGGCGAGCGAAUGAACGUCGGGGUCACCGUUUUGUUGUCCUUGACUGUCAUACUUCUUUUGCUUGCCGAAGAGCUGCCGGCGACUUCCGAAGUUGUUCCGUUGAUCUCUCGGUACUACACGAUUACGAUGAUCAACGUGUUUGUAUCGAUCGUGUUCACGUGUGUUGUUUUGACGUUUCAUCACCACGCCCCCGAGCCUCUGCCAGGCUGGGUACGUCUUGUCAUAUGUAAGUGGUUCGCGACUAUUUUCCGUAUAACACGCCAUGACGUACCACCCGAUGAUACGCCCAAGAAAAACAAAUACCGCAAGAAACGCGGCUACUCUGCAAGUGAGAACCACUGUAGCGACGACUGUCAGGACAACCUUACGAUGAUACACCUGAACUCUGAGUCUGAGAAAGAGUCGUGUACGGUUAAUUUACCGCUUAAAAGAACUGGAAACGGUAACGCGAUGGUGCGGAGACGAAUAAGUCAAAUAAUAAAACCCGCUGAGGGUUUAGACGUACUCAUAAAUCGCGCGAAGAAAGACGAGGAGAAAGAACAAUAUCGCGAAGAGUGGAAAUUCGCAGCGCAUGUUUUGAAUAAGGUGUUUAUGUGGAUAGUUCUUCUUCUUGUUGUCUUCAACUGCGUGAGUGUCAUUAUAUCAGCGCCGUCAGCCAAUUUGGGGACAUAGCACACCCACGUUCCCCUGAAUGAUGUGGGUGCGGUCUUGGUCUGGUCUGGGUCGUGCAAUCUUGGGCCCGUCUCGCAAUCACUGUUACAACUCUACCUGAUUACUCGGCAAAAAAGGAACAUAAGUGUUCUUCAAUAUGAAGACAGUCUUGGAACAAGCGAAGUGAAUAAGAUGAUUUGAACGCUGCAGGAGCUUUGCACUGUAAGCAUAGGGGUUGAACUGGUCAUCUAGUACUCGCCUUAUUGUGACGUUUCCACCCAGCUCGUCAACGGCAAAGAAGUUCGGUUAAUUAUGUUACUUAACAGAAAAUUUUCUCUUGAAACUGUUUUUCAAUUGGAUGAUGUAGUCUUAUCGCCAUCCUGCGGCCUCGGUCGAGAUAUCCCACAUUACAGCCCCUUAAACGAUUGGUUUGCGAUUGCGUUAAUCCUGUUGCGGGAUCCCUGUGUCCAUGUGCGAUUUGCCAGAAAAUAUCAAACUUCCGGACCUGGGCCUGGGACCACAGGUUCAGGGGGGCUGGGAGAGACUGCCUCAUCCUCACCUCGGAAUAAGUUUUUGGCCUGUGUUGACCUUACUCGUUAUCAGCUUAUGGCCCAUAUAAACGGGUAAUGUUAUGUACGAUGGUGAUACUAACCCCGUGGGGAAAAUAAAGAACUCGGGUGACUCGGGCUGGUGGGCGUGUUCAGUACCCCGAACGUAAACUAAUAAGUAUUUAAAAGGGACGAGGAUAGAGUCACGCUAUACACUAAUAAGUAUUUAAAAGGGGCGAAGAUAGAGUCACGCUAUUAACUUUGCCGAUGUGAAAAUAUAUUCUUUGUAAAAUAUAUACAUUGUACUCGUACAAGUACUUAUCAAAUAUGUAUAUUGUGAAAGAAAUUGUUAUUCAAGAACGUGAUUAAUAUAUUUUGUAAUUUGUGUUUGAUCAGUGGUAAUGAUGGGCCGUUUUCAA